AUGGGUACCAGGAAAAAGAAAACUCCCAAGGCGAGGCAGUCCCCGGAUCCAUACCCCGGGCAAGAACUCACACAGCAAGAGUUCCUCGAGCAAAUUCGAAUGAAUCGUGCCCAGAGAGAAGGUCGAGAGUACUACCCUCUUCCGAAGAAGCAUAAGGGACCCACACGCCCUACUAUCCCAGCUUUUGAUCCGGCCCUUCCACCGGCGGCGUUUCCCAGUAUGAGUGCCCGGAAUGAGCCCAUUCCGACUGGCUCCAGAGAGGGCCACUUGUGUCGGAUCAUGGAGGAUUCAGAGAGACGUCUUCGUGGUCUGCGGCCUCUUCCGCGAGAGUCAUACCACCCUGGACCACUAUCGAUGAUGCCAGGCCAAGUCAACGAUGCACUUUUCGAAGAGCCAGCAAGAACCAGCUCUAUGGACAAUAGUGCUUUCGAUGCUCGGAAUAGAGCAGUUGGAGACUUAAGCGCAGGAUUGGGAGCGAAUGAAACCUCCUCGAGCCAAGUACAGAACGACAAUCCAGAUGCUGGAUCCAACACAGCUGAUCACAAAAGCCAUGAAUUCCCCCAAGUGAAGGACGUUGAUUCCCCGGAAGUUGAAAUCUCAAGUUUUGCUGAGCAUAGAAAUUCCCGUCCUAAAUGGGGAGACCUUGUUCGACCCAUCAGAAUGGAAAUACUGGAUAAUAUCCUGAGCAAAGAAUCCUGGGAAAACACCGUGCGAAAGCUUGGCCUUAGUCGGAAACAAGCGAAAAGAGCCGCAGCCCACUUGGAUCAAUUCUAUGAAGUCAUGCAAGUUGAGACUCAGCACGUUGAACAAGAACUCAAAAGACAGCUUCACUUCAUGAUCACACAUUCACUUCCCAUAACUAAGCAAGUUUACAAGCUUAGCGCUUUGAACACAUGGGAUGAUGAUGUCCUCGACAUGCAGGAGAAGGAGCUGUUCAUUUGUUCAAUGGGCAACCUGCGUGCUGCUUGGCGCUUCUUGGAGGCGAGAGGCCUUCCCCGCGACCUGGCGGGACGUUGGAGCAAUGGAGUCGAAGUCAUCGACACUCCUGGGGGUGGGACACGUCCAAAGAAGCGCGUCAGAUGGAGUUAUCCCCUUGCAAGUGAGGAAGUAGACCGUGAUGACGAGACUGCUUCAUCAACAUCGUCAGCGUCAUCAAAUAUGCCUCCAAUUGACGAGUCAGAACCUGUGAUUAAUGUCCGUACCCAAAGUCAGACAUCUUCUCAGGCACAGCAAAAGGGGCGCUCCAUGGCCCGGUGGCAGGCGCACAUCUCUGAAUCGAAUGAUUCUCAGAGCCAGAUGCCUUGUAGUGCGAGAAUGGGAAAGGCCCUUGGUGAGAACGGAACAUCUAAGUCUUGCCUCGGGCAGUGUGUGUCUGGUCAGGGGUCUUCAACUCCGUCUCAAAAUGACGCUUCUGAGCUACGAGUCCAGAAUGCUUUUGUAGUCGUUUCCGGGCAGGGACCUCCCCACUCUCGCUUCUUCACGGCGCGCGAUAUCACGGAGGGAAUCUGGCAGUCACAGCUGGAGAAGCGCUACCAAGAGCUCGCUGAUGCCUCCGCGAAAGCGUGUACUGCACUCCUUGUUGGGUCUGAAGAGAACGAUGAACGAGACACGUCAGGCAAUGACGGCGAGGAAGAAGGAGACGAAAAUCUAGAUCAAUUGCUGGCCGACAUCCAUCAAUUUGAUGACCAGCUGCAGGAAAUCCUCGAUGCCCAGCCCAACGUUGAGAGCGGAGAUGUCGCGGAGCCUGAUCACGAAGUCUAG